AUGUCGUCAGCUCCUACAUUAUUCGGUGUUCCUCUGAAAUACCUGUCACUGGUCACAUUGACUGUACAGAACUCAUCACUGAUUCUGGUGAUGCACUACUCCAGAGUCAUGCCGGGAUAUACUGCAGACUCUAGAUACUACGCAUCCACUGCUGUGUUAUUAAACGAAAUCAUCAAGUUCGUUUUCUGUACCAUUGUAUGUGUUUAUCAACAAGGAUUCAAAUCUGCUUUUGAAGAUGUGUUUUCUGGCGAUUGCUGGAAACUGUCGAUUCCUGCUUUCCUAUACACCCUGCAAAACACCCUGCAAUAUGUGGCAGUCUCUAAUUUAGACGCUGCCACUUUCCAAGUCACCUAUCAAUUGAAGAUUCUGACUACUGCAUUUUUCGCGGUUACUAUUCUGCACAAAGACUUGUCGAAGCUUCAAUGGCUGUGUUUGGUAUUAUUGACGUUUGGAAUUGGUUUGGUUCAAAUGCCUCCUGAGGCAUUCAAUGGCUUAGUGGCUUUUGUUAUUGAGAGUGCCACUACUGCUGUUGGCAAGGGCUCGCCAGUUGCUGAGGGUCCUGGGUCUACUAAACCUGCUGGCGGAAGUGCCAGCAAGCUCGGAGCCAAGGCUGCCAAGGUAGUAAGAGAAGUUGCUGCUGCCGUUGUCGAGAAGGAGGAAAUGAACGGACUUAUUGGUUUUGUUGCCGUGUCCAUUGCUUGUAUCCUUUCCGGUUUGGCUGGUAUCUACUUCGAGAAAGUGCUCAAGGGAUCUAAGAAGGUUUCUCUGUGGACUCGUAACGUGCAAUUAUCCAUGUUCUCGCUGAUUCCCGCUCUUUUCCUGGGUGUUCUUGCUAAAGACGGAAGCAAGAUUGCCGAGAACGGGUUCUUCCACGGCUACAACAACGUCGUCUGGGCUGCCAUCUGGCUGCAAGCCAUUGGUGGUAUUGUCGUAGCUCUCUGUGUCAAGUUCGCCGACAACAUCGCCAAGAACUUCGCGACCUCCAUCUCCAUCCUCAUCUCCUUCGUGGCCAGCGUCUACUUCUUCGACUUCGCGGUCCACGUCAAUUUCCUCAUCGGAGCCACCGUCGUCGUCGGCGUCACCUACCUCUACUCGCUCUCCCCGGCCUCUGCCCGACGCCCAUCCUCCAGCGACGAAGAGUACAAACCACUCCCCGAUCAGCGAUCCCGCUCCGACUAA